AUGUCUGCAAUUAAUAAAGCUAUUAAAGAUAUCAAAGGACGUCUUGAUGGAAAAGUAGCAAUUAUUACUGGUGGUGGAAGUGUACUUUUUGCUAGACAAGGAGCUUAUGUUGUAGUGGCCGAUAUAAAUUUACAAUCAGCAGAAGCUACAGUUGAAAGAAUCAAAGAAAAAACAGGUCCAGUACAUGUUCGUAAAAAUGCGAUUGCAUUUAAAGUUGACGUUUCCAAAGAGGAAGAGGUCAAAAAACUUGUUGAAACUGCUGUAAAAGAAUUCGGCAAACUUGAUAUUAUAUUCAAUAAUGCUGGUAUAAUGCAUCCAGAUGAUGAUAAUGUUCUUACUACUGAUGAAAAAAUUUGGGAUCUUACAAUGAAUAUCAAUCUUAAAGGUGUCUGGUUUGGUUGUAAAUAUGCAAUAGAAGCAUUUCGAAAAGAAGGAAAAGGUGGCAGUAUUAUCAAUACCGCUAGUUUUGUAGGUUUGAUGGGUUCAGCUACACCACAAUUAGCAUUUACACAUGCUCGUGAAAACAUUCGAGUAAAUUCUGUAUGUCCUGGGCCAUUACAAACACCAUUACUUAUGGACUUUCUUGACACUGAUGAAAAGAAAAAUAGGCGAUUGAUUCAUGUACCAAUUGGAAGAUUUGGCGAACCAAUUGAAAUUGCAAAUGCAGUUUUGUUCCUUGCUUCAGAUGAAUCUUCUUAUAUUACAGGCACAGAAUUAAAAGUUGAUGGUGGUCUUACAGCUGCUUAUGUGUCUUAA